AUGGAAAAUCCUGGAGCCGGUACUCCAGUAAAAAUAUGCCCAUAUGGUGAAGAAUUCGGAAUAACCACUCCAUCUGGGGGUUUGAUUUUUAAUCCAUUCCAUAAAGAAUUUCUCAGUCGUGUUGAACAAGUGAACUUCAGCCCAGGAAUAUUUGCCUACAAUCCCAGUCCGAUUAGCAAAAGUGGUUCAAGGAAAACAACUCCCAACAGAAUCAAGACACCUUUUAUCUUAUCUCCUGACAUUCAGGGAGAAUUGUUCCCUGCUGAUAUAGACGAAAAUCCAAUACUACAAUUGAAACUUCAAGAGAAACUGGAUACUCAGUGUGAUGAUGAGAUUCAGAAUAGAAUUCAUAGCUUUUUUAAAAAUCAUCUUAUUGCACCCAGCCCUGACACAGUUGUAUUUGACUCACCAACCAAAUUCCACUCCACUUGUCUCCCAAGGACUUCAUCUCUUCUACCUACAGCUACUCCUUUAGGUAAAAAGAAAAAGAAUUCCUAUCUUUUAGGAAAUACUUCAAGUUGUAUGUGCGAAGUUGCAGUACAAACAUCAAUCUCUAUGCCUCCAUCAUUUGAUUUUGAGUCAGUUAUGCAAAUUGCUUUUGAACAGAAUCAUUCAAUGAAGAAUCUAUCCGUUGCGAAAUCUUCAGUUAUGUUGUCAAUAACAUCAAAUGAAAUGAUCAUCAAUGAUGAUAAAUCAAAUUCACAACAAAAAUCGGAUCCAUUCACAAAUAGUAUAUCAUUAUCAGCUUGUGCAGUUGAUCGUCCUAUUCCUUGCAAUUCAAAUAGUAACUCUUUGUCAAUACUUCAUAAAAAUUCUCGUCAUUUACUUAGUCGACGUAGUCUCUUCUCUGAUUCAUCCGAAAUAAAUGAAGAACCUAGUUACACGGUCGUAGAUGACAAUGAAUUGAAUGAACAACAACGUACAUUAACUUCAUCUGACGAUUUAAGUCGUCAUAAUCAUCAUGAUAAUUUAAACUUUUCAUCUGUUGUUGCACAACCAGCAUGUUCAAGCUAUCUGUCAUCAACAAAAAUGGAUUACGGAUCUUCACAUAUAAAAUUCAGUAUUGAUAAAUUUUCUCCUAAAAAUGAAUCAAGUUCUUUAUUGAUUAAAGAAACUGCUGCGUUACAAAUGUGUUUGCCUGCAAGUUGGGCUGAUACUGUUGGCAAUAGUGAUAGUUCCGAUGAUGAUAAUUAUUAUAAUGAUGAUAGUAAUAAUGAUAUUAAGAAUAAUGAUGAUAAUUUAACAGAUCAAGAUAAUUCAGUCAGUAUGCAUACGUUGAAUCGAACUACAGUUGAACAGAUUUCUAAAAAUAUUGAUAAUGAUGAUAAUGUUAUAUAUUUCGAUGAUACUAAUACAAAUGUUGGUCAUUACAAACAUAUUGAUUAUUGUUCAUCUCAAAUGAAUUCACCACAAUAUCAACAACAAUAUCGUUGUGGUAGUACUAGUCCAAAUGUUUGUUACACUGAUAUAUCAUUUCAAAGUCCUGAUUUAUCACCAAUCUUACCUAUACAUCGUAAGAAUAGUUGUACAAAUUGUCCACCAUUUACUGAUGAAGUUAAAGAUAUUUCUCUUGUUCAAACUAGCAUGCACAUAAAUGGGGCUAGUAAUAAUCAUGGAAUUAUGCCAGCGAAAUGUUUAUUCCCGCCUAAUUUGAAUGGAUCAACUUGA